GUAUAUCAUUGGUUUAUUGAAGCUAUUUCCACUGCUAUUAACAUUAUUUUGAUAAUUUUGCCAGGUGUGAUUGGUAUUGGGUAUAGAAAAAUAGCAAUAUUCAGAUAUUGGAGAAAGAUGGGACUGGAAGAAGACUCUCAUCGCAGUAUGAUGUCAUAUUUGCGUCAAGCUGAUGAAACAUUCAGGAAUGGUUUUGAAACAGAGGAAAUGAAGCAAAUUUUUCUGAAAAAUACUUUUGAAGGAAUAUCUGGAAGUGAAAUAUCAUUCUGCAUGCAAAAAUCAUUCAGUUUUGUUUUGGAACAGAUGAUAAAAGAAUCUGAGUUUGAAACUGUUCUGAAUUUUUAUUUCACGAUAAAAAAUGAUUGGUUGCAAAUUGCUAAUAAUCAAGCUGGUUGUCACGUGUUACAGGCUGCAGCAGAAUGCCUGGUUAGGAGUCUCCCCAAAUCAAAAACUUUAUCUACAGAUGUUGCUGAUAAAUUAUCAUCUUUCAAUGAUAUUAUUGAUAUUUCCGCAGAGUCGUUAUGCUCUGUGAUGGAAGGUAUCCAUUCUACUCAUGCAUUACGGUCACAUGUACAAAUGCUAGGAGGUUUUGUACUCUCGCGUACUAAAGCAUCUUCAAAAACUAAAGAAGUGAAACUACCAAAAGAAAAUGUUCCCAAAGGAUAUUUGAAAACACUACAAACGAUUUGUAGAUGUUUAUGUGAAAUAAAUAAACAAAAAUUUGUCACUUAUUUAAGUAACCCACAUGUUGGACCAUUUAUCUCUUGUCUGUUUGAGGUAGUUAGCAAACGAGAUGUUCCAAAAACUCUUCGCCGCCUUUGCAAAAAAAUUAUGUCUUGUAGCGAGGGAGAUACAGCAAAAACCACUCUUCUAUUAUUAAUAAAGGAUAAACUGGCAAGUCAUGUUUUAGAAACUGUUUUGGAAUUUGGAACAGAGGACGCCAAGAAAGAAAUUUGUGAUUUGCUGUUCGAGGAUAACAAAAGAUUUUUUGAUCUCUGUGCACAUCCUGCUGCCAAUUUUGUCAUUCAAAGACUAAUAACAUCUGCUAAAAAUGAUGUCGAAUUCAAUAAGAUUUUCGAGUUUAUUUCAUGUGGAUUAGAGGAUAUACUUGCAGGACAAAAUUAUGGAAUUGUACAAAAACUUUGUGAACAAUGUGUUCAGUUUACAGAUAGCCAGAAAACAUUCUGGGAUAAAUUAUUAGAGGCAUUUCAUUGUGAAGAUGCAAACCAACGUACUUUCGUAGUCUUAUUUUUAGCAUCUUUAAAAACAUGUGAUGCUUACUACAAAUCUGAUACACAAGAGGAAAAACUAAUUCCUCCUAUAGAAAAAGUGGAAUAUCACGGUUCUAUUUUAUUACAGACAUUAUUGAAAUUUAAAAAUGUUGGUUUAAUUGUAAAAAGCAUGUGUGAAAUUUCUAUUGAAAACAUUAUAACAUUAUCAUGUGACAGUAGUGGUAGUCACUUCAUAGAUGCUUUUUACGCAUCAGAUAAAGUGAAACCGAAAAAGAAAAAAGAGUUCGUUGAAAAAAUUGGUAAAGAGUUGGUCAGUCUUGCUUGUGAUAAAUAUGGAAGUAGAGUUUUGGAAAAUAUAUGGGAUAACUCCGAUAUUGUUAUUAAAAGGUUAAUUGCUGGGAAUUUAGCACAAAAUUCCCCUCAGCUCUCUGCCAAUGAUUAUGGGAAAUUCAUUCUGAAAAAGUUUGAUAUAAAGAAUUUCACCACAAGAUUACAGGAAUGGGAACAGUUUCAAAAGAAGAAAAGUAACAAAAGAAAAUUAUUUGCUGGUAUUGCAUCAGGCACAAAACAUCAGAAAAAGAAAAAAAUUAAUUCUUUCUCGAAUCAUUGAGUGUCAAAUCAUUGAUUAACAGUUGGUGUUGCGGUGGCAAACAUCUAUUUAUUAAACUUUUGUGGAAAAUAUAAGUUUUACAAUGGAUAUUCUAAAAUCAGUGACAUUAUUAAACAGUCAUAGACCUAAAUUUGAUGAUAUAAUAUGUAAAGUUUCCUAUUCAGCAAUUCAGAAUUUAGUGAUUGAUGCCUGUAGUAUUUUUGAUUGUCAAAAAUUAUACUGUAAUUGUACUUCAUUCAAUUAUUUUUUAAUGGAAAUCCCAUAAGUUUAUUGUUUGGUCAUGAUUAACCCGAAAACUUGACACAAGUGAAAUCAAAAUGAGGUAUCAGUGUGUUCAAAUUUGAAUACUAAAUAUCAAAGUUGUCAAAACCUAUUUUUGAGUAUUCAAAUAAAUUUAGUAUAGUAAAUUCUUGGAUGUAAGCGAUUCUUAGAAAAAAAUUCGGACCUCCAGAAGUAUGUGCACCAAGAUGGCGCACAACCUGAACAUAGUAUGUGUACCAGGUUAGAAUUCAGGUUGUGCGCCAUCUUGGUGUAUAUACUUUGGAAGCGCCAAAAAUUCAUUUUGAGCUAUUGAUACCUGAAAUUUGUUUUAGUAAUACAGUACUUGCAAAAGUAUAGAAAAACGAUCAGAACAAUUUUCAUCUUCACUUCUUUCUAUUAUAAAUA